GAGAAAGAACAGUUAGCCCUGAGGUGUCAGGAACCAGCCAGGGGCCUCUCCACCUGCUACCGGGAAACCGGGACGGAAGGAGGCAGUUUCGUGACCUUUGCCCCAGGGCUGUCCGGAGCCCGAGCUGGGGGGCCAGGAGAGGCGGGUGGGUACCGGGUGGCUGGGCGUGCGGCUUCAGGAGGGGCCGCUACAGGCCGGCCCCAAAGAUGGAGGAGGGGAUGGAGGGGAUGACUUCGGCAGCCUCAGGAUUCUGAGCUUCUGCCGUUUCUUGCAAGCAACUGGAGGGGCCGGCUCACCGCUGCCGGCCUCUCCGGGUCAGAGCUCAGCGCGGGUCGGGGCUGGGGGCGCGGUCGGGGAGGUGCGGGGGUGUGCCCGGACCCUCCCCUUCACAUCCCGCCCCUUAAGCAGCUUUAAGGGGCCAGAGCCGGCGGCUAUUUCUAUCCCAGGAAAUCCCCACACCAUCUGUGACCAGCCAGAACCCUGACCCCCCUCCAAGAGCAGGGCCCGAGCGUCCCUCGCUCCCGGGGUGGGGACAGCAGGCCUGAAUCGGCUGCCGGGGUGCCUGCCAGCGGGAAAAAUAAUAAAAAAUGACAAAUGUGAAGUGGAGGCCAGGGCCCUAGGAGGGGCCCAUGCAAGUCACACUUCCUUGAAGAAUUUUAGGUUCAACUGGAAUCUGCCACCAAGAACCUGGUAAGGUGAAUCCGGGGGAGGGGUGGCCAGGUGGCUCUGUAGGAGAGGCUGGUCUGGGAAGAGGGAAGGGCCAGUGCAAGGGCAUCGGGGAGGAGGGUCUGCUGCACUGGAUGACGGAGGAUGGGGGAUGCGGGGGGGGGGGUGCGGCAGAAGGGACUGGGGCCCGGUCAGUCCAGCCUGGCAGGUCCUCCAAAGGACUCUGGCUUUACUCUGGACCCAGCUGUAGCAGCUGUCAAUGCCACUUUUAAGGCUCACCCUGCCCUCUGUUGCAGAUGGACAGUGCGGGUGGGCAGGAUUGGCAGAGAGAGAUCAGUUAAGAGGCUGUGAUGAUGGACGAGGAAGAGGCGGAGCUGGGGACAGCCGUGGAACUCAGAGGCCUGCCCCCCGACGUCCCAGACGAGCUGCUCACACUCUACUUCGAGAACCGUCGAAGCUCCGGGGGUGGGCCUGUGUCGAGUUGGCAGAGGCUUGGCCGUGGGGGCAUCCUCACCUUCCAGGAAGCUGCAGACGCAGCAAGGGUCUUGGCCCGGGAGGAGCACACCCUGCAGGGCGCUCGCCUGAGCCUGCGGCCAGCCCCACCACGCGCCCCUUCGCGCCUACUGCUCCAGGGACUGCCUGCUGGCACGGGACCCCAGCGCCUGGAGCAGUACGUCCAAGCCCUGCUUUGUGCCGCAGGGCAGCCAGGGCAGCCGUGCCGUGCCCUGGCCAGUCCCCGGCCAGACCGGGCCCUGGUGCAGCUGCCCAAGCCCCUUUCAGAGGCAGAAGCCCGCAUCCUGGAGGAGCACGCCCAGGACCUGGGCCUGGAGGGGGCUGAGGUCUCCCUGGCCUGGGUGCCUCAGGCCCGGGCAGUGCGUGUCGUGGAGGGCAGCCCCCCUGCAGACCUGAUGCUGCUGGAGCUGUACCUGGAGAAUGAGCGCCGCAGUGGCGGGGGGCCCCUGGAGGGCGUGCGCAGCCUGCCAGGGCACCUGGGCACCAUCGCUUCCUUCCAGCAGUGGCAGGUGGCCGAACGGGUGCUGCAGCGGGCCCACGAGCUGCAGGGUUCAGAACUGAGCCUUGUCCCCCACUACGAUGUCCUGGAGCCCGAGGAGCUCAGCGAGCACACCAGUGGAGGGAACCGCUUGGCCAGGUUGGGGCCUGGGGCCCCCAAGCAUGCUCUCCUGGAGGCUGGAGGGCCAGCAAGGGCACAGAAUUGUGCAGGGAAUGUGACAUUGGGCUCUGAGGAGGCACCGGGGCAAACAGGAGCCUCUCUGAGGACAAGCCCUUUCUGGGACAGGUCCUCUCUGGGACAGGCCAGUCCAGUCAGCUCAGGGCCCAUGGGGUCUUCAGAACAGGGGGCGCUGCUGAGCCCGGGGCCUACGGGGUCUCCAGGCCCAGCGAUCGGCGUGGAGUCUCUGGAGCAGGUGGCGUCAAUGAGCCUGGGCCCUGUGGGGUCACCGGGGCAGGAGGGCCUGGUGGAGACGGUGCUGCCGAUGGAGCUAGGAGCAAUGCACUUCAUUCAACGCUAUCACGAGGACCUUCUUGCUGGCCUGGGAGACGUCGCCCUCUUCCCACUCGAGGGAUCAGAUACGACUGGAUUUCGGCUCUGCGGAGCGCCGGCCCCAUGCCAGGCAGCCGAGGAGUUUCUGCAAAGCCUGCUGGGCUGCGUUAGCCGUCACGUGCUGAGCCUGAGGCACCCAGGCAGCGCCAGGUUCCUGCUGAGCCCAGAGGGGCAGCACCUUCUGCGGGGGCUGGAGGCUCAGUUCCAGUGCGUCUUUGGGACAGAGCGUCUGGCCAGGGCUGCCCUGGACGCAGACCUGGGAGAGGUGGACCCCACUGAGGCCCUACAGGCCCUCCCUGGCCACUCCCACACCCUGUGGCCUCCAGACAAUACGGACGGUGACCAGGAGAAUAUGAGCCUAGAGGAGGUCCGAGAGCUGCUGGCUGCCCUGGAGGGCCUGGACGGGGAAGACUGGCUGCCACUGGAGCUGGGGGAGGAGGAGCCUCAGGGGCAACCGGAGGAGGAGAAGACUCCCAGGGCUGGGGAGGGGCCCGCGGCCCCCAGCACCGGGGCGCCUGGGCAGCUGGAGGAGGAGGCCGAGCUGCAGCUGGCUCUCUACCGGUCACUGGAGCCACAAGGCCAGGUGGCCGAGCGGGAGGAGGCUGUGGCGCUGCAGCGGGCCCUGGCCCUCUCGCUGCUGGAGCCGCCCCCACUGGAGGAAGAACAGGAGCUCCGGGGUGGGGGGCCUGGUAGCUGGGCCCAGCUGGAGGUGCACGCGACCUUUGAGCAGGAUAUGGAUGAGCUGGACCGGGCCCUAGAGGCGGCCUUGGAGGUGCACCUCCGGGAGGAGACGGUGGGGCCCCAGGGCUGCGUGCUGCCCGCGGAGCUGCGCGCUCGCCUGGAGCGGCGCCACGGCGUGAGCGUUGCCCUUCGUGGUGACCGCGUCGUCCUCCGUGGCUUUGGGACCCAGCCCACCCGUGCGGCCCGCCACUUAGCAGCGCUGCAGCCUGGCCCCCGGGAUCAGAGCUUGGCCUUUCCCUUGGCGGCUUCGGGCCCCACUCGUGAGUCUGCAGCCCGCACGGGGGAGGGCAGGGCGGACCGGUGCCCCAGGCAUGGCCCGUACCCCCUUUCUCCCUGUGUGUCAGUGCCACAGCAGAGGCCGAGGGAGCCCUUGGGCAGGCUGGAGUGUGUGGCCGAGAGCAGCAGUGAGUUCCAUACGGUAGUGCGGGCCUUCUGCGACACACUGGACGCCGCCCACGGCAGGAUCCGUGUCGUCCAGGUGGAGCGUGUGUUGCACCCACUGCUGCAGCAGCAGUACGAACUGCACCGGGAGCGCCUGGAGCAGUGCUGUGACCGGCGGCCGGCCGAGCAGGUCCUGUACCACGGCACGUCGGUGGCCACCGUCCCGGACAUCUGCGCACACGGCUUCAACCGCAGCUUUUGCGGCCGCAACGGUGAGGCCUGGGGCCCUGAAGGGGCGCGGUCUCUGCCCACCGUAACCACCCUGACCCCCGUGCCUCCCCCCCGCAGGCACGCUCUACGGACAGGGCGUGUACUUCGCCAAGCGCGCCUCCCUGGCGGUGUUGGACCGCUACUCGCCCCCCGACGCCGAGGGCCACAAGGCGGUGUUCGUGGCGCGGGUGCUGACCGGCGACUACGGGCAGGGCCGCCGCGGGCUGCGGGCACCCCCCCCGCGGCCCCCCGGCCACGCGCUCCUGCGCUACGACAGCGCGGUGGACUGCCUCCCCCGGCCCGGCAUCUUCGUCAUCUUUCACGACACCCAGGCGCUGCCCACACACCUCAUCACUUGCAAGCACAUGUCCCGGUCUCCUCCUGGAGACGCCCCUGGGCUCUUGAGCAACUCCCCAGCCACCUAACCCUAGAGGCCCCGCCCCCUCGGCCCAGCCGCCGGCCUCCUGCUCCCCAGGCUCCCCGCUCCGCACAGCCCCACCGCCCCCUCCCCCGCCCGAGCUGCCCCCGGGGGCGCCCCUGCCUCCUGCAGUGGUGCCCAUACGGGCGGCCGGACGAGGAGGGCUCGGGCAGGGUUCCCCGCUCCCCCCACCCCCGGGCCGGCCCAACCACCAGGGGUCAGCAGAGCCCAAGAGGAGGGGGGCCGGCCCUCGCCCGAGCGCGACUGUGUUGUUUGAAUAAAUGUGUACGUGAAACCAGGCGGGGGGACCUGCAAGCUUCGAGUCUGACCUGUUUGGGGGGGUGGCUAGGGGCGGGGGCCGGGGCGCAGAGUCCGCUGGUGCUUUGGGGCGGCCCUGGGCAGCCGGCAGAGGCCGGACCCGGCGCGCGCCCGAGCGACCCCGCGUCGCCUUAGUGUCACGCACG